AGUCUCUUGGUGUAAUGAGCAGAAUCCGGUGUUUGUCAAUAACUGGAAUCUGUUCUGGGAGCGUCCUAGGUUGUUUCGUCCUGAUGGUCUGCACCCCAGCAGCCUUGGAGCGGAACUGCUUUCAGACAUCAUUUCCAAGGCGCUACACUCCAAGUGACUGCCUACCAUAAGUACAUCUUCCAAUAAUAACAAUAAUAUUCAGUAUAAUCAAUGUUCAACUAAAAAUCCGGCAAAGGUAAUACAUACUAUAGAGACUGUGUCUGUUCCCCGAGUUAUACAAAUAUAUAGAAAAUCUCGGAAAGUCUAUCUUCGUAACCUAAUUAACAUAAAAUUAAAUCAUAUUGAAUGCACAGCCAGCACUUUUGAUCUGAGGCUAGGACUAUUAAACAUUAGAUCUCUUGCGUCUAAGGCUCUUAUUGUUAAUGACAUCAUUACUGAUCAGGAAUGUAAUUUAAUGUGUUUAACAGAAACUUGGAUUAAACCAAACGAGUACAUAGCAUUAAAUGAAGCCAGUCCUCCUGGAUACAGUUAUGUACAUCAGCCUCGUUCAACUGGUAGAGGAGGAGGUGUUGGACUCAUCCAUAGUAAAAAUCUAGUCGUCACACAAAAACCUAAGCAUAAAUUUAAUUCUUUUGAAAUUCUUUAUACCAGUAUAAGUUAUGUAGCCACAAAAAAUAAGUCAAUUCCUCUAAUUAUUAUUUACAGACCCCCAGGGCCAUAUACUGAAUUUCUUAGUGAAUUUUCAGACUUUGUCUCAAACCUGGUUGUGUCUGUAGAUAAAGCAUUAAUCGUCGGAGACUUUAAUAUUCAUUUUGAUAACCUGGAAGACCCUCUAAGAAUAGCGGUUGUGUCCAUCUUAGAUUCAGUAGGGAUUAAUCAGAAUGUAAUCGGGCCUACUCAUAAUGGUGGUCACACUCUUGACCUCAUACUAACAUACGGACUAAGUAUAGAAAAUAUUAUAAUUUUUCCACAGUCUGAAGUUGUCUCAGACCAUUAUCUUAUCUCGUUCAUAAUACGUAUUGAUCAUAAUAUUUCCACCUCGUCUGGCUACCGCGUAAAACGUACCUACACAUCAGCUACUGCACCGAGCUUCAUAAAUAACCUCGCAGAAACAUCAAUUAGAUUUGGAUCACCGUCAGAUCACACAGAACUCGAUCAGGCGACUGAAAGCUUGGAGUCAACACUCCGCUACACGAUAGAUAGAGUGGCUCCACUCAAAAGGAAAAUAAUUAGAGAAAAAAAAUUAGCACCCUGGUAUAACGAUCAAAAGCGAACCUUAAAACAGACAACUCGACAAUUAGAACGUAAAUGGCGUCAAACCAAACUGGUGAUAUUUCAAACAGCAUGGAAGGAGAGCCUACUGAAAUAUAGGAAAUCUCUUGGCAAUGCUAGAAAAAUCUAUUUCUCCACCUUAAUAGGAGACAACAAAAACAAUUCUAGAUUCCUUUUCAACACAGUAGCAAAAUUAACUAGGAAUAAAACCACUACAGGGAGAAACACAAUCAUUACAUAGCAGUGAAGAUUUCAUGAAAUUUUUCAAUGAUAAGGUUGAAAAUAUUAGACGUGAAAUACAGGCCAUUAAAUUAAAAUUGGACAGUACUGUAACAAACCCAUUACAUUACAAUGUAGCAAUAUCAGAUCAAUGUUUAGAGUGUUUUGCUCCGCUUAGAGAGACCGAACUAGCUACAUUAAUCUCUUCAGCCAAUUCAUCAACUUGCAUACUAGAUCCCGUACCUACAUGUUUGUUUAAACAGAUUGGUCCAGGAGUAAUUGAACCACUUCUAAAUAUAAUCAAUUCUUCCCUAAGCACUGGCUAUGUACCUAAAUCACUUAAAUUAGCAGUUAUUAAACCCUUGAUUAAAAAACCUGAUCUUGACCCGUCUCAAUUGUCCAACUAUAGACCAAUAUCAAAUCUCCCCUUCAUCUCUAAGAUUUUAGAAAAGGUUGUAGCAAAGCAGUUAUGCUCGUACUUAGAUAGGAAUAACAUUCAUGAAAUGUAUCAGUCAGGAUUUAGACCUCAUCAUAGCACAGAGACAGCGUUAGUUAAAGUAGUAAAUGACCUUCUACUGACCUCUGAUCAGGGUUGUGUCUCGCUGCUUGUGUUACUCGACCUUAGUGCAGCUUUUGAUACUAUAGAUCACACUAUUCACCUUGAUAGAUUAGAAAAUGUUGUUGGUAUUAAUGGAACAGUCCUCUCCUGGCUCAGGUCUUAUCUGACCGAUCGUUAUCAGUUCGUAGAUGUAAAUGGUGAUUUCUCCAUGCAUACUGAGGUUACUUUUGAAGUUCCACAGGGUUCUGUUUUAGGCCCACUGCUUUUUACUUUAUAUAUGCUACCCCUAGGUCAAAUUAUUCGUAAACAUGGAAUUAGCUUCCACUGUUAUGCUGAUGAUACACAGUUGUAUGUUUCAGCGAAGCCAGAGGACAGACAGAAGCUUGGUAAAGUUGAGGAUUGUGUAAAGGACAUUAGACGUUGGACGUUUAUUAACUUCCUUCUACUUAAUUCUGAUAAAACAGAAAUACUUUUAUUAGGCCCACGUGUAGCUAGAAGAAAUCUUUCUGAUCACAUGGUUACUCUGGAUGGUCUUUCUGUUUCAUCAUGUGCAGCAGUUAAAGACCUUGGCGUGAUUAUUGACUCCAGCCUAUCAUUUGAUGCUCAUGUAGAUAAUAUUACUAGGAUAGCUUUCUUUCAUCUCAGAAAUAUUUCUAAAAUAAGAAACAUAUUGUCACUACAUGAUGCGGAAAUACUAGUUCAUGCAUUCGUCACCUCUAGAUUAGAUUACUAUAAUGCCUUACUGUCUGGAUGUUCCAGUAGGAAUAUAAAUAAGCUCCAGUUAGUCCAGAAUGCAGCUGCUAGAGUCCUAACUAGAACUAGAAGAUACGACCAUAUCACACCGAUAUUAUCAAUACUGCAUUGGCUCCCAGUAAAAUCUCGCAUUAACUAUAAAAUACUUUUAUUAACCUAUAAAGCACUAAAUGGUCUCGCGCCACAAUAUCUAAGCGACCUUUUGGUUUUAUAUGAUCCGCCACGCCUACUUGGAUCAAAAGAUGCAGGCUAUCUGACGGUACCUCGAAUAGAGAAGGCUACAGCAGGGGGAAGAGCUCUUAUAGAGCUCUUAUAGAGCCCCACAG